UUGAAUCACGCAGUCCAAAACAAACCAGUUGGGGAUCACAUAUAAAUUUAGGCUGAUAAAGAUUGGUAUUCAAGGUUUUCGUCUCGUGUAGGCAAGAGUUGAAAUUGCCGAUGAACACCCAAUAUCCGGAGUUUCACAACAGCUUUUGAAAUGGAGGAAACCACGUAUUAGCUACAAUUUUAUUCCGAGUCGAACGGUGGAUGAAGUGAUCGAAGUGAUGCGAUCUAGUUUUACACAACUUCAAAAACAACUGAACGGAUCUUUACAUGUCAACAGAGGAAGUCGUGGCUUUAUUUCUGUCCAUCUCUGAAGGGCCGUUGGCUCGUUGUAUGGGUUCUCUGCAAAAAGCGUUACUGGCGGAGAUAACCGAGCUGUCAAAGUCAGGUCGCCGACGUUCUUACCGUUAAAGGUCCAGUACCGAGAACGGAGAGAGCAGAGUACUUCAGUUAGCGGCGGAAGAAGCUGAAAAUGAAGACGUCAGUUACAACGAUGGCACAGACACAGUACUGUGAGAAGACAUUUACGACCGCCGGUAAAAUGAAGGCGCACGCCCUGUGCCACCUGACUGAGCAACCUCACCCGUGUCCCCAGUGUGACAAUUUCUUCAGAACAGUGUAUGAUCUGAGUCAUCAGCUGGUGACAAGGCCCUUCCUGUGUGAGAAGUGUCCCAAGGCCUUCAGGACUGCCAGGAUUCUGCAUAACCACAAGGUCCACCACAUGGAGAACAGUGACCACGCCUUUGAGGACUGCAACAAGACACCCCAUCACCUGAAGCUCCACUCAGAGGAUACGCCCUACGUCUGUCCCGACCGCGGCGAGGGAUUCCUCUGGCCGACCGCCUCUCCCUCCACUGCCGUACCCGUUACAGAGCCCAAGUCCGGGAAGAUCCAUGUGCCUGCGGGCGUUCACCAGGGAGAGACACCUUAAUGUUGAGCACGGCGUCGAACCGUCCACCCCCGUGGGUCAAAGUUGAACUGUCAUCUGGAUUGGAGGCGAAGACUAGGACAGUCCAGGUCAAACCCAAACUGCCUUCGUUCAGGUGUGACCUGUUAGUUUUACAGGUCUGAACUGGAUCACCACAGCUGUGACGAGGAGACGGAGACACAGACAGUUCCAGCAGAAGAGGAGGAUCACAAUGAAGAAGUCAGAGUGAUGUUGAAAGAAGACGUGUUCCUGUCUGACUACUUCUGUCAGUGUCUAGUCGUACACUCCAUAGACACCAGCUUGUGUCAGGGAGUGUUGGAGCAGGGAAUACAGGUCUAGGACCAGUUGUCAGACUGCAACUUGUCAGGGCCGGGGAGUGCUGUAGCAGGGAAUACAGGACUUGGACCAGUUGUUAUAACGCAGCUUGUCAGCACCAAGAACAGGUCUAGGACCAGUUACAUUUACAUUUAAGUCAUUUAGCAGACGCUCUUAUCCAGAGCGACUUACAAAUUGGUGAAUUCACCUUCUGACAUCCAGUGGAACAGCCACUUUACAAUAG